UUACUGCAGUACUACAGUCUCAAUCUGACAACACACCUUGUGACGACAAAUAAACAACGUAGACUUUCUGCAGUUUAGAGCACAAUGGAAUUAAUAGUUCAUACGGCCUGAAAAACUUAUAGUUUAUCUUCACACAGAGACAAAGGUCAGAAUGAUUGCUGAGUGAUUAUGAGUGGACACAUUAUGGAUCUUGGCAACGAAGUAGAUCUCUCCAACAACAAUAUCACUCCUCUCUGGAAAAGACACUGCGAAAAUGACAAGAAGCACAAGCCCAGACCUCACAGUUACCAAACAGAUGGAGUUCUUAUGACAGACUUUCCUGUGGAUGAUAAGUGCAUGUUCACGCUCACCCAGCCGGCUGAAAAGAUCAGCACCACUGCGUCAAACACUACAGUACUGAAACACACUCUCAACAAACCCACAAGGAAGACUAGGGUGGUCCGGAGCAUCAGUAUUGGAUAUUUAUCAAACGGAAGGUUCUCUCUGUCAAACUUUACUAAAUCGGAUGAUAAGAAUGAAGACACUAUUUCUUCCCCUAAAACACCUCUGUUGCCCACCAAGAAUGGGAAUGGAGGACUCAGUGUUUGGCAUGACAUAACAGAGCCCCUGAAACGUCUCUCCAGUCAGUUCACCCUCACCUCUCAAAGGGAUCAAAUUGUUUUUGGGGAUGUGUCUUCACCUCCAGACACAGUUUCACCAAAACAUGUCACCUCAAACAUGUUACCUCAAAAUUCCACACUUUCACGCCAAUCGCAGGAUGUCCAUGGAUCUCCCAUCGGCUACCGCAGCUCCCCGCUUCACAGUUCCACCUCCAGCAUCCCCUCCAUAUCCUCCAACAAUAGCCUUCCCUCAGACCCCCCAACACCCUGCAGCCCAUCCUCCACUGAAAGGCCAGGGGACGUCCUGUUGCAGCGGCAGAGUUCAGGGUCAUCUCAGGGCUCGGAGGGCAAGCAGACCCCUUCCCCAGUAACACUGAGCACCCACAGUCCUGCAGCGCAUAAGAUGGGCACCCAGCAGAUCAUCCCCAGGGGUCUGGUCUCCAACACGCGCUUUAGCAAGCCCUCUCAAAAGUUUAUGGACACAGGUAAAAGUGCCUUCCGACCGCGAAGCAUGUUUGAGACGACUUCUUUCUCCACCAGUCAGGAUAAUGGGUUGGAUGGAGAUGAGAAUGCAGGACUACUGACAAGAGGUCAGCGCUCCAAAUCAUAUCGUCAGGCAAUGGGCAGUGGUGUAGAUAUAGAAGUUCUAUCAUUAGACCCAAAGGCCAAACGCCUGUCCCAGCCUGUGCUGAAAGGAGUCGCUGAACAGAGACAGUCUAACCUGAGUCCAUCCAAGAGCAAAAAUGUGGAGCGGAAGAAAGGCCUCCCAACCCAGCGGACGUUUGACAGUGAGGAGGAAGAAGUUUUGUACCAGAAUUACCAAGAGAAAGCACUGCACAAUGAUUCUGAUGAGGACACUGAGCCCAAACAACCUCAGCCAGAUGAAGGCAUUGUGGUCCAAUACAGACCCAUCCGGACAUCCUGGAGUCAGCUUAGUGUGGUUAAAAAAAGUGGAAAGUGUGAGAUGUUAAAUCAAGAAGAACGAAAGAGACAAGAGGCCAUAUUUGAGGUCAUCUCAUCAGAGCACAGUUACUUGCACAGUCUGGAGAUCCUCGUUCGCCUCUUUAAGAACUCAAAUGAGCUCAGUGAAACCAUUAACAAAACAGAACAUCAUCAUCUCUUCUCCAACAUUGUUGAUGUCUGCGAGGCCAGCAAAAAGUUUUUCAAGGAACUUGAAGAUCGUCACCAGCAAAACAUCGUAAUCGAUGACAUAAGUGACAUUGUUUCAAGGCAUGCACAGGCAAACUUUGACCCCUAUGUGACAUACUGCUCGAAUGAAGUGUACCAGCAGAGGACCCUGCAAAGGCUCCUAAAUAAAAGCUCAUCCUUUAAGGAGGUACUGACUGGGAUCGAGGCCCACCCAGACUGUCGGAACCUUCCCAUGAUCUCCUUCCUCAUCCUUCCCAUGCAGAGAGUCACACGGCUGCCCCUGUUGAUGGAUACCAUAAGCCAGAAGACGCCAAAAGAUUCGAUCCUUUACGAGGCAUGUAAAAAAGCUCUGCAUGCUGUCAGCAAGCUUGUGAGGAAAUGUAAUGAGGGCGCUCGUACAAUGGAGAGAACGGAAAUGAUGUACACCAUCAAUUCCCAGUUGGAGUUUAAAAUUAAGUGGAAGGUCAGCUUGUCAGUGCUCAGACCAUCCACACACUACAACAAGUUGGUUUACAUGGCCAUCGUCCCAGAAGGAAGCCUUUUUUGGAGCUGGCUCACAAGGUUUGAAAGCAACCUGUCCAAGAGCAUGUAUUACUGGAACCAUCUCCUGUGGUCUGAUGAGACUAAGAUGAACUUGUUUGGAGAGGGUUUCAUUGAGCUGGCCCAGCAGCUUAUUAACAUCGGUGCAACAUAUGGUUCAGUGGCAGCGCAGGAUGUACUGCCUGAUCCCACCACUGUGUCAAAACGGUGCCGUGAGCUGGCAAUAGAGAAACGCGCAAAGCUGGUCGAGCAGCUAAAUGAUACUCUGUCUGAGGUGAAUUCAAUGGAAUGA